AUGCAGCAGCGAGCGCAAGAGCUUGUGCAAGGCGAGUUGGCCGAUCCUCAGCGCCCGGGACGCAGGCCACGAGGAUCGAUCUGGUGCCAGAAGGCAUGGGCCAGAUUGGUGCGGAUCAUCGUCCGCAUGAUCGUUACGACUCGCGACCAGACGGUGAUCGAUGCCUUGACGGUGGCCCCUGCACAGGACGCAGCAUCUUCAUCCUCGACGGUACCGCAGGCGCCACGACGAAAGGACCGACCUCAGCGACCUCUACGGCAAGGGCUGAGCAGCCAGAUGACUCGCAGCCAAACUCAGAAGCACUGGCCCAAGGAGCCGGAGGAGUGCGAGCACAUCGAGGGCAAAGCAUUGGUGGGUGUGUCUGAGUUGCGGGAGCCGGUGGGAACGUACCGAGUCGGCGACAGUGACUCCGGGACAAGGUCGGGACCAAGUCUGGGACCGAUCACCCUGGAGCAAGCUCGCACCCGACCAUCGAGAACACCAACGAGUACCCGAUCAGGGACAACGACGCGGGAAUCCUCGGGGACGGGCUACCCGGAGGGCACGAUCCACGCCAAGAAGAACGCCGAGGUGAAGGGCGCGAUCCACUCCAAGAAGGACGUCGCGAUGAAGGACGCGGACUAUCCGGACGAGAUGUUCACCCACGAGCCGGAGUACCGCGCCGAGCACUCCCAGAACCGCGAGGACAAGGGGUCCGCUUCGACACGGGCAAUCGCUGUGUUUCGCCCAGGUGCUCCAGUGCGAGAGGUGGAUCGAGUCGACGCUCGCAGGAUGAUGCAGCACCAACCCAGCGAGUGGGCGGACUACGGCUCCGGGAGGAUGACAUCGGGACCUAUGGAAAAGGUUCGGGUACAACAGGAGCACACCGAGAUGUUUGCUCUUCAGGACAGCGACACGGAGCACGGCGUGGACAAGACGCCGAGCUCGUUUGCCAUGGUGGAAAACUUGGAUCAGGCUAUAGACCCGUCUAUGGCCUCGCAAUUCUCCUGUCGACUCUUGGACAAGUGUGAUGAGUCCAAGACUUUCGAGUAUGUUCUUUUUCGGUUGCCGGGACGGGAGUACAAUGACCUCUACUUCGGAUUUGUGACGAGAAUGGUGAACCAGAACAUCAACUACAGCAAGUGCAGUCAUGGCCAGUGUCGUCUCAAGUCCGUGAUGAAGGUCUGCAGGACACCGGUGCCUAUGGUCAUCGUGCACUCAGUUUCCAGUUUGCGUGGGAUUUUCGUCAACGACAUGACCGAGGCCGGGCCCCAGCUGCAUGUACUCACCAACGACAAGACGCUCUACCGCAUCUUCAGCACGGUCGACUGGCGCUCAUGUGCCUGGGUGUCUCCGGAUCCUGAGGCUCUGAAUGGCGGCACUCAUCCGUCGACUCAGGACGUGCAGGCGGCGGCCAGUCGCCAUCGGGCGGCUUUUAAAGGGCUACUGAAGGCUGUCCGCGCUCAAACGGCCUUUGUGUUGCGCUCUGAGGUUGCUUUCUCUCUCUAUGGGGAAGGGAAGCUGGCGCUCUUAGCUUCUUUGGCAUCUACGACCUCAGCAUGUCCAACCUCAAGCUACAUGAAUGUGGAUGACGAGGAACAGGAAGACGGUGAUGAAGCCCUUCGAGAAGUUCAGAGUGCCUUGCGACCGGUGACGGAAAACUCGGAGGUGACAAAGGCCAUGGAAGCUAUGGACGACUACCGCAAGCACGAGGCGACGGGACGGUUUUCAUUGCAUCCCCAGCUGCGCCGAGAAAUCUUCAAGGUGCACAGGAACUUGAAUCACCCGGCCAAGGAUGUGUUCCUCCGAGCGUUGCGCCACUCUGGUGUUCGAGAAGAUGUGUUGCUGUGGAUAAAAGAACAUUUCGCGUGUCCACUGUGCGAAGCCUCGAAACACUCGUUGCCGGCGAGACCGGCACACCUGGCAAAGGCCCUGGAGUUCAAUGCUAUCGUGGCGGUGGACCUGUUCUACAUGAACAUGUUCGGGGCCGAGCGGGUGUUCUUACUGUGCAUCGACUAUGGCACCGGGUACAUCCAAGUAACUCAGUGUUCGGACGCCAAAGCUUUGACGGUGAGACAGGCGCUGAGCAAGUGCUGGAUAGCUACCUUCGGUGUCCCAGAGUUGUUGAUCUGCGAUCAAGGGCCAGAGUUCACGGGCGAGCAGUUCGUGGAGUACAUGUCGCAGAUGGGCGCAGCGGUGCACUUUACCGACGGUUCUUCUCCUUGGAAAAAUGGAAGGGCUGAACGGGCCAUUGGGACUGUGAAGAAGAAGAAGAUGAAAACGGUCAUGCAAGAGACCUCAGCCGUUGCUGAAGAGAUUGAUUUGGUUGUCGCCCAAGUGGUGGCGGGUCACAACAGCCUGUACGAUCGGCACGGCUUCUCACCAAACCAACGGCUCUUCGGUCCUUCCCUUCGACUUCCGGGCUCCUUGAUGGCAACGGACAAAUGGGACCAAGAGAUGGUUCGAGCCUCCGCAGGGGACUUGGUUCAGCGAAGUUGGGCCAUCAGAGAUGCCGCUCGCUCAGCGUGGCUGAAGGAGGACGACGUUGUGUCGGUUCACCGAGCCGCUUCAGCUCUUACCCGACGGUCGGAUGUUCACUCCUUUAGCUUCAAACCAGGUCAAUGGGCCUACGUGUGGCGGAAAACGGACAACCGCUAUGGAUGGGUCGGACCUGGAGCUCUCAUUGCAAUGACUCCAGGAGGGAACUCUUGGUGGAUCAACAUGAGAGGCCGAUUGUGGAAGGUAUCGGCUGAGCAGCUGCGCCCGGCGUCUUCGGAGGAGGAUCUGGGUGCAUCCCUAGUGACCGAGCUUCACCGAGACCUCCUUGAGCAGGUUCGCGAGGGCAUUCGGACCGGGUACGAGGACGUCACCCUCGAAGGAGUUCCUGAUCGGACUGCCGGGGAGAUCUUUCCCGAGAUCUUCGAGGACACGGACUUCGACUACAGCCCGUCCAUUGCCCCUCCUGUCGAACCUGAUCCUCCCGAACCUCAUGCAGCACCACGGGGUGAUGAAACGACCACGGCAGGUGAGAUGGCUAGUGAAGUGGCCCCUCUCUCUGAGCCGAACUUCAGUCGACGACAGAGCAUACAGUCAGCCGCUCCCACCGAACCACCUCAGUUACCACCGCCUCCUGUGGAACCGCGGUCGGUGAUACGCGUGGACGAAGCCCACGACGGGGCUCUACUCCUGGGACCUGUUCGAGAGCGGCGCGGUCCUCCCGUGCACCAACCGUACUACGCGAAGGGCGACUUCCUGGACGAGGAGAUCAAGCCCUCGAAUUACCUCGAGGUCGUCCUCAGUUUGAUGUGGGUGAAGCUGCAAACAACUGGACGUCGACACCUCGAGCCGCUCUCCCCAAAGGUCCAGUUCCAGGCUCAUGUAGAGUUCUCCCGGUUGCAGGGAGAGGAGCGGGAGAAGUUUCGCAGCGCACGAAAGAAGGAGUUCGACUCUUUGCUGAACAACAAGGCCAUCCGCGUCCUCUCGAUCAAGGAGUCGGAGGAGUUCGAGCGGCUCCAUCCGGAACAUGUUCUCAAUUCGAGAUUCGUAGAUCGGUUUAAGCCGAAAGAAAUCGCUGCCAAGGACAUUGAAAUGGCCAAGCAAGCGGCGAUCCAGCAUGGUCAGAUGGAUCCUCUCGAGAUGACUGAGGAUCGGAGUCAACCCAAAUCACGCUGGUGCGUCAUUGGAUGGGGUGAUCCCCACAUACACCAGAUCGAGCGGUCAGCUCCGACCCCGUCUGGGGCGGCCGUUAACACCGUACUCCAACUGUGCGCCAGCAGGCGUUGGGCUGCUCGGGUCAAAGACGUGAAAACUGCAUUUUUGCAGUCGCGGCCCACGAGUAGGAAAACUCCGUUGGUGUGUCGUCAACCUCGCGAUGAACCACUUCCAGGUUUGGACCCGCGCCAAUUGAUCAUGCUGCUGACGGAAGUCUACGGCCUGGUGUCGGGGCCGUCCUGGUGGCGCUCCAGCUUUCUCCAGCGCACCGGACGGCUCGGCUACAAGGUAUGCCCGUAUGAACCGUGUGUGUUGGUUCUGCCCAAUGAGAAGACCGACUCGUCAACUCAGGGCGUGAUGGUGAUCGAGGUGGACGACAUCAUUGAGGGCGGCGAUGAGAGACAUCGUCAACUGAUGGACACCUUGGAGGGCGAGGUCACCUUUGGCAAAGUCGUCAACCUGCAGGAGAAGGAGUCCUCCUACGCUGGCAAGUCCCUCAAGCAGCUGGCCGACUUCAGCUUCGAGUCGCACAUGCACGAGUAUGUGUAUACUCGGAUGUCACCAGUGGUGAUGAGCCGAAAGGUGCUCAAGAAGGAUGCUUGCAACAGCCCCCUCGAUGACAACGAGAAAUCACAGUUGCGGGGUGUCCUGGCUACGCUCACCUGGGUCGGCCGGGAAGGACGACCGGAUGCCGAGAAGAUCCGCAACCUGCUGAUUUCCGAUGCUGCCUUUGACACCUCGGGCCGCGAGAAGUCCCAACACGGCUACUUGCUGGGCUUCACGAACAACGAACUCAACUCCGGUGUCAGGGCCCCGGUCAGCCUGAUGAUGUGGAGAUCUCGGCGGUUGAGGCGGAAGGCGCAAAGCUCUAUGCUGUGCGAGGCUCUGUCACUUUCUGCGGCUACAGGAUGCUUGGAAAAGCAGGAUGCUCCAUGGGACUCCCUGCGACUCUCCAACUAUGAUCCACGGCAACGCCAACGUCACGAGGAGGUCGUUUUGGAACUUCAGGGCCGCUCCACGGUGAUCUCCGACGAGGCCGACCUCUUCCGAGAUCCCCGAAGCAUCGUCGUCAUUGACGCCAAGGCUCUGUUCGACACGAUCCUCAACGACCAGGCCGGCGAGUGCGACCGAUCCAACCUCGAGGUGGCCGUGAUCAAGGAGAGUCUGCAGAUUUGCAAGGGUCGUGCAAGAUGGGUUCCCCACAAUCUGAACCCGGCAGACGCCCUCACGAAGUUUCCUGGAGCGCACCUUGAGCCUCUAGUGCGUCUCUUGAAGAGCUCAUCUUUUGUGAUAGCCGACGAGCAGCAAACGUUGCAGAGCGGUCGGCAAGGUUUGCACAGACAGAAACUCCAGAAAUGGGAGGAUGCAUCAGGAAAUUUCUUCUUUCAGGGGGCUGUGAAUCAUGUCUCGCAUAGCUGCUACUUUCCUGAUGCUGUCUGUAAAAGAAUCCUUUGGAUGUGCGUUGCAGUCUUGCGGAAUCCAUACAAGAGCUGCUGUCAUUUGGCUGUGAGACGCAGCUUCGGCAACAAAGCGCAGAUCCCUCAAAGAGGGAUCCGCGGCUUCAGCCACGUUGACAGUGCAGCUCAGUUGAUGAAGUUCCGCAGUGCGGAGCGGCGUCGCAUUUGCCCUGACCGGCCCGGCAGCACGCUGAAAUUGUUGCCAUCACCGGCCAUAGGUCAGCUAGAAAAGGGGCUUGUCCGACGUUGGAUCAAGGUUUCCCCCAGCGCCAUCAAUGUCUUCACAAAGGAGAAACGUCAGCUCACUCUAAAGCAUGCGCAGAGACUGCUUCCCAACCUGUAUGCUUACACAAAAGGGGCCCACUUCGAGGCUGAGGCCUGGCUUCGGUGGCUGCGAGGCUUUCGCCCGGGCCUCCAGCUACCCUCAGUCCCGGAAGCAUCAGAGCUGCUGAUGAAAUUGUCUCAGAGCAGAAGGGUGGACAGCAAACUACUGCCGGCACCUGCUGCUUGGAAGCCCCAGGGGGUGCGAUUUAUGGACGAGCAGGGGGAUGCUCGAGUCCAAAACCUCCAUGGCUUCGAAGAGCAGAGCGGGCUCUUGACAUGGCAUGAGUAUGGCGGCCUCUUCCGCCUGAGAAGACAUCCUUCCGAAAGGGGCAUCUACGCUGUGGAGCGAUCUGCUGCGCUGCAGAGAGCGAGGGCGAUUGUCUCAAGGAGGACAGUUGGAUUACAGGCUGGCAAAAAGUCCGCCUUCAAAUCCAGCAUCGUGAUUGACACGUUGCCUCCAAGUGGCCCGGUCAUGGAGCCGCAGUGGUCGUUCAUCUACUUGCACUCCUUCAGCCAGAAAGGUACAGACUACCUUGAUUUUCCACACUAUUUCAACGUUUGCGGGGCGAACGUUCGGGUGGUUGUACCCACUGCGCCGCUUUUAGAACAGCACUGCUUCAAGGACUGGUACGUUUGGCGCGGCGAGCGUCUGCAAUGGCGCCGCAUCAAAUUCAACGCCUGGUUCGAUUACCUGACCGACAAGGGCGGAGUUGCCGAGAAUGAGAUUUGCACUAAGAGUCUGCUUGCUGUCCGCGAGAGACUGCAUGCGCUCCUGAGACAAGAGGUGCAGCGUGUGGGCGACCCACGCCGCGUGAUCGUUGGUGGAGCCUCACAAGGAUGCUGCGCAGCGCUCGAUGCGGCCUUGACUUUCGAGCAGGAGCUGGGAGGCGUCAUCGGCUUGGUGGGACACCUUCUCAGCUCGACCCCGCUGGACCAAAAGAAGCGCAACAUGCCCUUGCACCUCUUCCAUGAGGAGGCAGACAAGGAGAUGAGAUGGAAGUGGGUGAAAUCUUCUGUGCAGCGCCUCAUUGAUGCCGGCUUCAACGUGUCCUCAAAGCGGGAACGUGAUCCUGCAGGGUGUGGCCAUUGGAUUCAGGAGAUUGAAGGCACGUGGAUCAGAAGCGCUAUGAGGCACAUCAUCUUAAGAGAGGCGCCCUAG